ACUAGUGUUACUGUAUGUGUAUCUGGAUGUAGAGCCUGAAAAAAGAAAAUUCACUAGAAAUUCAACAAAAGGAAAGCUGAUACGCUAUUUCGUCUUCUCCCUCUUCUUCAUCGUCUCAAAGUCAAACUCAACUAUAAUUCUAUUUUCCUCUUUCCCAGAUUUCUCUUCUUCUUUUCUCCUUCCAUCCUAACAAGAAACUAACAAAACUUCAUUCAAUUCAUCAUGUACAACCCGCCAACAACGUGAAUUUAAACUUUUUUCAGUUUCCUCUUUACUCUUAAACACAAACACCAGAUCCUCCCAUUUCAUUAUUUCCAACACCACCCUCUCUCUCUCUCUCUCUCUCUUCCCAUCACAGUGCACACCCAAUUGCAAUCCACACUCUUCCUCGCGUGCCCACUAAUCCCUUCCUUCAAAGUUCAAAUUUUAUCCACUCCCCAUCGCCAAAAGCCGCUUCUACCUCAUCUGGGUGGUUUUGAUUUUUGCGCUCUGGCUCUCUCUCUCUCUGGGGAUCCGUGAGGGAGGGAAAUGUGGGAUGUUUUCGUGGCUGGCAAGGAUAGUGUCGGCGUGCUUGAGACCGGUGCGGCGGUAUGCGCGCAUGAGCAAGGAUGACUUGGACGACGCCUCCACCGCCGGCGACGCCCUCGUGUGGCACAGGGACCUCGAAAAGCACUCCUGCGGCGAGUUCUCCUUCGCCGUCGUUCAGGCCAACGAAAUCAUCGAGGAUCACAGCCAGGUCGAGACCGGCUCCGACGCCGUCUUCGUCGGCGUCUACGACGGCCACGGCGGCGCCGAAGCCUCCCGCUUCAUCAACGACCACCUCUUCCUUAAUCUCAUGAGAGUUGCUCAAGAAAAUGGUAAUAUUUCUGAAGAUAUUAUCAGAAAUGCUGUUUCUGCUACCGAGGAUGGGUUUCUGACUCUUGUUCGAAGAAGUUAUGGCAUAAAGCCAUUGAUAGCAGCAAUGGGUUCCUGUUGUCUGGUUGGUGUUAUAUGGAAAGGGACACUUUAUAUUGCGAAUCUCGGAGACUCUCGCGCUGUAAUUGGUUCUGUGGGUAGAUCUAACAAGAUCAUUGCUGAACAGUUGACCAAAGAGCACAACGCUAGCAAAGAGGAGGUUAGGCGAGAACUCAGGUCUCUGCAUCCAGAAGAUUCACAAAUUGUUGUUAUGAAGCAAGGAACCUGGCGCAUUAAAGGCAUCAUCCAGGUAUCCAGAUCUAUCGGAGAUGCAUAUUUGAAGCGGCCAGAGUUCUCAUUUGAUCCGUCAUUCCCACGGUUCCACCUGCCUGAACCUAUCCGCCGGCCUGUGCUGACAGCAGAACCAUCUGUAUGUUCAAGAGUUUUAAGACCAAAUGAUAAGUUCAUUAUCUUUGCAUCUGAUGGACUCUGGGAACACAUGACAAACCAGGAAGCUGCUGAGAUUGUUCAUAACAAUCCACGAACUGGGAUUGCAAGAAGACUUCUUAAGGCAGCAUUAAACGAGGCGGCUAGGAAGAGGGAAAUGAGAUAUAGAGACCUACAGAAGAUUGGAAAAGGGAUCAGGCGUUUCUUCCAUGAUGAUAUCACUGUGGUUGUCGUGUUCUUCGACCACGAGUUGCGCGGCAAGAAGGUUACAGUUCCUGAGUUGUCUGUGAAAGGGUUUAUUGACACAGUUGGACCAUCAAAUUUUAGAAAUUUGCGGGGAUUGGAAUGAUCACAGGGUUCAUUUCUAGAACUGUAGCCAACAAACUUGACUUUCUCUGCUUCAUUGUGCAAAAGGAAGCCAAGAGAAAUUCAAUACUUCACUAGACAUUUUUGCAGCAUCUAAUUGUUGUUUAUCUUGAACAUAUCUUCUCAUUCUCAAGGGUCUUCCUUGCUUAACUUUCAAGUUUUAAAUUAUACCUUGUCUAUUGGAAACAUGUUUUUGUCUUUAUUGGAUGGUGGUACAGUUUGCAAUGUGAUUGUUUAUAUACUGUUAUACCUUGUUUGAUUGAAUGA